AUGGUGCAAGUGAAUGUGGUGGCCACAGGUGGUGGCAAUGCCGAAAGGCCGACCCACUCCCCAAAAGUCUCCUUUUUCGUCUACAUGUUAGCAUUUAGCGCUGUGAUUGGUGGUUUUCUGUUUGGAUAUGAUACGGGCAUUGUUUCAUCAGCUAUGCUCUACGUACCAGACAACAAAAAUAUGGAUCCAAUGAGCUCGGUGUGGCAGGAAAUCAUAGUCAGUUUGACACCGGGAGUGGCAGCUAUUGGUUCGCUCCUUUCUGGGACUGGAUCAGAUUGGUUGGGAAGGAAAAAGAUCAUCGUUCUCGCUUCAGUCAUCUUCACGAUUGGAGCGAUCAUCUGCGGUGUCGCGUUCAACAAAAUCAUUCUACUAGUCGGAAGGGUUUUGCUUGGAUUAGCUAUUGGUUUUGCCUCAAUGAUUGUGCCAGUGUAUGUCGGUGAAGCCUCGCCAGCUCAUAUCCGAGGCACAAUGGUCACCGGUUUCCAAUUGAUGAUCACUUUUGGCCUUUUCGCGGCGAAUCUCGUUGCUGGUGGAUUCUCGUACAUUGAUCCAAAAAAUGUUGGAUGGAGAUUGAUGUUCGGUUUCGCAGCCGUCCCAGCAGCGAUCCAAUUCGUCUGUUUCCUGUUUUUGCCGGAGAGCCCUCGCUGGCUCUAUGAGCAUGGAAGAAAAGACGAAGCAAAACAAGUCUUGUCUAGGAUUUAUUCUGGAGAUCAAGAAUGGAUCGACUAUGAAAUGGCCGAGAUCGAGUUCUCGACAACAUUGGAGAGGAAAGCGAAAGAGGAAGUUGCAGGCGGUGGCUUGGUGAUCACACGGAUAUUCGGCACGCCACAUGUGCGAAAAGCGCUUCUCAUUGGAUGCAUGCUACAAAUGUUCCAACAACUCUCCGGAAUCAACACACUCAUGUAUUACUGCGGAACUAUCAUCCGAUCAGCCGGAGUCAAAGACAACCAUCAAACGAUUUGGAUAUCGGCGGCUGUGUCAAGCAUCAAUUUCGUUUGCACUUUUAUUCCAAUGGUAUUGAUCGAUCGAUUGGGUCGCCGGGUUCUCUUCAUCAUUUCAGUGAUCGGUGUCAUUUGUUGUCUCUGCUUGAUGUCCGGCGCGUUCAUCGCCAUCAAUCAUGAUUCGGCAAAGAGCUGGGAUCCAGCCAUCUUCAGCGCUGCUGACGACACUCCACUAUACAACCAAUCAGCUAAACACGCCGGGCAUUGUCGAGAUUUCAAAAACUGUGACUUUUGUGUGACUGAUGACAGUUGUGGCUUCUGCGAGAAUCACGCCACCAAAACGGGUUAUUGCCUACCAUACCCGGAUAAACACUCGGGAGAUUAUUCAGCGACUGGACUCUGUAGCAAAGGAGAUUUCACAUUCCAAAACGGCACAAAAUUCGAGUGGCAAGACACGUAUUGCAAAUCAAAGUUCACUUGGAUGCCAAUCGCGAUCAUGGUCCUUUAUUUGUCCUCGUUCUCGAUAGGCUAUGCUCCUAUGCCCUGGGUGCUCAACUCGGAGUUCUAUCCAUUGUGGGCCAGAUCAACUUGUGUCUCUAUUUCCACAGCCACCAAUUGGCUUUUCAAUCUUCUCAUCUCACUCACUUUCCUCUCACUUUCGCAAGCACUCACGAAAUAUGGUACAUUCUUUUUGUAUGCCGGCUUAACUGUGAUCGCUCUGGUCUUCGUUAUCAUUUUUGUACCCGAAACGAAAGGGAAAAGUCUUGAUGAAGUGGAAAUGCUCUUCAUGACCGAAGAAGUUCGGCAGAAAAAGCUAGCUGAACUAGGAAAAAAAGAGCAAAAUCUGUUUGAAGAAAUCAGUUUACAGGAUAAAUUC